AUGAAUAUAACUUUAAUAAUUUUUUUAAUAGGUACGUUAGGAUUUGUACUUAACAGAAAAAAUAUUAUCUUGAUGCUUAUUUCAAUAGAAAUAAUGCUUUUAUCUAUAACAUUCUUAAUAUUAAUCAGUUCAUUAAAUACUGAUGAUAUAAUAGGUCAAACCUAUGCAGUUUAUAUAAUAAUUGUAGCUGGAGCUGAAUCUGCAAUAGGUUUAGGUAUAUUGGUGGCCUUUUAUAGAUUAAGAGGAAGUAUCGCAAUAACAUAUAAAUAA